UGUUCUCAUGGUUAACUGAAUAAUGCUUAGGCUUUACGAGGUUAAGAAACAAAUUAUUUUGUCUUAGUACCUGAAUGAUAACCGAUGUAAAUCUGUUCAUUUUGCAGAAAAAGUGUGUUCCAUGGCAUGAACAAUGCGUAGCUAGAUCACUUGUCCUCUCCUCACAUCCAUGGCGCUUUGAUACUCUUUGAGGCAAUUUUUAGACCUGAUACAAAAAUUAUAAUUCGUUUUGGUAGGAUGAAAGUAUGAUUAGGCCAUUCAUUACAUGAUUAGGGCAUAUCUCUUGAGCUUUAGGGUAAGAAAACAAAAUAGGGAAUGGUUAGCUCCGAAUUGAGUAUUACUUUUUCGUUACUCAUCAUUCUUCCGUCUAUUAUAUAAUUUCCUUAGCACAAAUCUCAUGCAAAAACUAUAAUAAUAUUAAUCUGAAGGAUAUGGGCAGUCAGUGUAGUGUUAAGACACAUAGUAUGAAAUGUUUUAAAAAUAAUAAAGAGAUAAAACACCUUGCAAGUAAACACCUUGAAAUCUUAGAUACAUUGACCAACCAAAUACAAGCAAUUAAUAAGUAAAAUACAUUGCCAAAAGUGUAUAGAUAUAUACUAACUAUACUGUUGUUUAUUUGGUAAUUGUGUUUCCAUAUUCUUAUGAAAUCUAGGACUAUAUCUUUACUAAUUAAGGCUGCAAGAGACUUAAAGCAUAAGCAACGACUAUAUAAAUCUGAUUGACUCUUUUCUCAUUCAAAACACACAAAAUCACAACAACAAUGACGUUUGCUCUUAGGUAUUUUGUUGUCUUUCUUCUUCUGUCUAUGGUCACUCAAGGACUGUGCGGCUGCUCUUUCGCUAACAUCCAGAUCGGAGGGGCGAGGACGGGGAGAGUAAUCUCCGGAGAACCGGAGUGGAAAAUAUCGGUGAUCAACACGUGCUCCCAACCUCAGUUGCACGUGACUCUCUCUUGCGGAGGUUUUGCUCCCGUGAAGCCUGUUGAACCGUGGCUACUGCUCCCAAGAGGAAACACAUGUCUUCUGAUUAACGGAAACGCUAUAGCAGCUGGCGGCACCGCUCAGUUUACUUAUGCCGGCGAGCCUUACUUCUUCAAACCCGUAAGCUCCAGGGUCGGCUAAAGUUUCAACCAUUAAUUUAUGUAACAAGAAACAUGAUUUAUGUAACAAGAAACAUGUCUAUGAUCCUAUGAACAAGGCUAUUAGGUUUCAUGUGUCUCAAGCAAUAUGAGUUAUCUCUUUUUUUUUUGCCAAUAAAAUUGAUGUGAGCAUCUUUCUGUAAAAA